AUGAACUACACCCCCAACUCGGGCUCUAUCGAAGGAUUUGCAUAUCUCAUGUGGCCAGAGGGAAACACAAGAUUUUGCGAGACAAUGAAAACAUAUGUGACGAGGGUUUUGGAAUUGGAUUCACUAGUGAAGAAGCUAGUUUUGGGAAGCUUGGGCGUAGAAAAGUACCUGGAAUCUCUAGCCAAGUCAGUUAGAUACCAUUUCCGUCUCAUGAGAUAUGCUGCUCCUGGGACCAAGGAGUCCAAGAAGCGUGGGGCUGGGUGCCAUCACGACCCAAACUUUGUGACCAUACUUCACCAGAACUAUGUGAACGGAUUGGAAGUGCAAACUAAGGACGGAUGUUGGUUCGAGGUCGCCCCUUCCUCAGCUACCUCUUUCAUUGUCUUCGCUGGGGAGUCAUUCUACGGAUGGAGCAAUGGGAGAUUACACAGCCCUUAUCACCGUGUAAUGAUGAGCGGGCACGAGGCAAGAUAUUGCAUAGGAGUCUUCUCUUCCGUUCAUGAGAUGAUCCAAUGUCCUGAUGAGCUUGUGGACGACCAUCACCCUUUGCUUUUCAAGCCCUUUGAUGUUGCUGGUCUCUCCCGCAUCUACAAGACCAAAGAGGGUGAAAGUGGAGCUUCGGCGAUCGAUACUUAUUACAGAAUUUGA